CGUCGGCCAGCGAGGGAGCAGCAAAGACCAGCGGCGGGCGCCGUGCGGGGGGCUGGAGUAGGUGGCGGUGGCCAUGGCCGAGGCGUCGCCGCAGCCCGGACGCUACUUCUGCCACUGCUGCUCGGUGGAGAUCGUGCCGCGCCUGCCGGAUUACAUCUGCCCAAGAUGUGAGUCUGGCUUCAUUGAGGAGCUCCCAGAGGCAUCCAGCCGGACGACCCCACCGCCGGCACUGUGCCCUUGCAGGAGCGCAGAGAACGGCUCCGCCCCCUCCACGGCCCCCGCGGACCAGAGCCGGCAGCCCUUCGAGAAUGUGGACCAGCACCUGUUCACACUGCCGCAGGGCUAUGGGCAGUUUGCUUUCGGCAUCUUUGACGACAGCUUCGAGAUCCCCACGUUCCCCACCGGGGCGCAGGCCGAAGAGGGCAGGGACCCCGAGAGCCGGCGGGACCGGGAGCAGCACCCCCGGCACCGGUACGGCGCCCGGCAGCCGCGCGCCCGCCUCUCUGCGCGGAGGGCCGCUGGCCGGCACGAAGGCGUCCCCACGCUCGAAGGGAUCAUCCAGCAGCUGGUCAACGGCAUCAUCACUCCUGCCGCCGUCCCCAGCCUGGGCCUGGGCCCCUGGUCUCUCUGCCCAGGGGCGUCUUGCACUCAAACCCGAUGGACUAUGCCUGGGGGGCCAACGGCCUGGAUGCCAUCAUCACGCAGCUUCUCAAUCAGUUUGAAAACACAGGCCCCCCGCCUGCAGACAAGGAGAAAAUCCAGGCCCUCCCCACCAUCCCUGUCACCAAGGAACACGUGGGCUCUGGGCUUGAGUGCCCUGUGUGCAAGGACGACUAUGCACUGGGCGAGCAUGUGCGGCAGCUGCCCUGCAACCACCUCUUCCAUGACGGCUGCAUCGUGCCCUGGCUGGAGCAGCACGACAGCUGCCCUGUCUGCCGAAAAAGCCUCACAGGACAGAACACAGCCACCAACCCCCCGGGCCUGAGUGGGGUGACCUUCUCCUCGUCCUCGUCCUCAUCCUCGUCCAGCUCGCCCAGCAACGAAAACCCAGCAAACAGCUCCUGAGUCCCCUGCCAGACCCUAGAGUAAAACCAGGACCCCACCCACCUCAGCCCUCACACGGCCGCGGUGCCCAUGGACUGCAGCCCGGCCGCGGGCAGAGGCCCAGCCGACCUGCUGCCUGCAGGCUGCAGGGGAAGCUUGGCCUCCCCAGGGACGCCCCGCGCUGGGGACCGGGCACAGCGGGGCACAGGGGCACAUGGCCCUGGAGCAUCUACAGCUCCUGUCCUGUUUGUGUCUAACUUCACCCCCUAUGUGUUCAACAGUGGAAAGGUUUUUAUAAUUUUAAAUUAUUACCGCUUUGAAAUAAAUGGACAUUUUAGCUUACACGGGGCCCUGCAUGAUCUCUGGAAAGACCAGGUCCUGGCGCCACCCUGACAGGCCACCGUCCCCACCUUGAGCGCAGGAGUUCGGGGCCGCAAGAUGACCAGCAAAACAAGAACAAACUGCUCCGACAGAUGUUUUUUAAAGGAAAAAAUAUGUGUAUCUUGAAAGCUAUUUAAAAAUAUACCUACUUAGAGAA